UAGUGUAUACAUAAUUCGUGACAAGUGUCCAUCAAUUGAAAAUGAAAUCAAUGUAUAUUACAAUUAUCUGUAUCACAAUUGUUGUGAUAUCGCCACAAGUUUAUGCAAAUGAAAUAUUUUCAAGACUACAAAAUUCAAACACCGAUCAGUUUUUUGUGACGAAAGCUGAGGUCAGUUCCGAUGGCGAGCUUAUGCACAAAGUGUCCAAAGAGUUAGGAAAAGUGUCGGACGAUGUCCAACAUUUUAUUGAGAGUACUUUACGUGUGGCUAAAGCACUGUUAAGAGAUUGGUUACUGAAAAAUGACGAUGAUACCGGUGCUACACGGGAAGUGUCUGAUGACCAAUAAUACUAUAUUAUUAUAUAAACUUUUGCCUUAUUUUUAUUUAAAUAUU